UGCGUCACGGCGGCAGGAGGCUGGCAGUGCAGUGCAGGGCGGCAGGGCCCCGCGCAGCGUCAAAUCGCGCGGCGGCUGAGGCGGAGGCGCCGCACGAGGCCCGGUCAGCGACAGCCUCCCUCCCUCAAACCCCCCGAGGCCUACCCUACCCGCGGUGCCCAGAGGCCUACACCGCUAGCGCCACUGUGCCUCCCCACUUCACGAGGCGCGCCAUAGCCAUGCCAUAGCAUAGAGUAGUAGGCAGCGAGGGUCCGUCCCUGUGGGAGAGGAGAGCCAGUGAGAGUGACCACGCUCAAGCUGCGAGCGUGCGUGCCCAUCCCGGCCUCCUGCCCUGCCGCUCCGUAUAAGAGCUACCACUCGCCAGCCAGGGUUCUUCAGAGAAACUCCACCGCACUCGCCAACCAUACUGUGAAGUGAGCAAGAGAGAGGGAGAGGCGCCAUGCAAAUGCUGCCGGAGGCGAGGGGGCACCGGAGCAGCAGCGUCGGAGGCGGAGGUGCCGGGGCGGGAGGGAGGGCGGACGCGCAUGCGCAGGGGCACUACCGCGGGGUGCGGAAGCGGCCGUGGGGCCGGUACGCGGCGGAGAUCCGCGACCCGUGGAAGAAGACGCGGGUGUGGCUCGGCACCUACGACACCGCCGUCGACGCGGCGCUCGCCUACGACCGCGCCGCCGUCGCGCUGCGCGGGCCCAAGGCCAGGACCAACUUCUCCAGCGGCCACCUCGCCCCGCACCAGCACCAGCAGCAGGCGUGCCUGCCUCCCCGGCCGCCGGCGCGGCCCUUCGGCGGCCGCCUCGACGUCGCCCACCCGUCCCCCUGGCACUUCGUCUACUUCCCGUCCAGGCUGCAGGAGCUCCUCGCGCAGCCGCUGCCGGCGCAUGGUGCGAGGGACGCCGCCCCGUCGCCGCCGUCCACGGUGCUGGAGCUCCGGACGGGGCCCAGCAGCUGCCCCCAGUUCGACCUCAACGAGCCGCCGCCGCUCAUGUUUGGGUCGUGAUCUCUUCCGCCGCGCAACGGUGUAGAGCGCCAGCUUCCAAGUGUAGGAUCAUGGUAGGUACUACGUACGUAGUGAGUAGAGGUAAUUUAGCGGGGUGGUGGAGAAGACUCGUCCGUGUGCUGUGUACAUAUACUGCUGCCCAUUUUAGCAAAAUUUCACCUUGUGUCCGCCUUGUUUGGCGUUCGUUUU